AGCUUAGAUACGCGCCAUUCAUGUGGGUGAGCCUUGACAUGCAGUUAUAGAUAUGUAGUCGAUAACCAAAUGACAAUCAAUGGUGGUGGAGUGGUAUUGCCAUCGUUUCAUCAACGGCAACAUAACAGCAAACAUUGUUGCUGGACGCCGGAUCCAAGAAUAUUGGCGUAGACGCCAUGCAAUCGUGUGAUUGCUAGGCCUUUUGGACACAACACCUCGUGUUGAAAGGCUAUUAAUACUAGCAUGUCUAGUACACUUUCUGACGGAGGAAGGAAUACCUCAAGGCGCUCGGCAUGCGAUCGAUGUCGAGAACAUAAACUUCGGUGUCUGCGUGACAACUCCAGCCAAGAGCCAUGCAGGCGGUGUUCCCGCGCUGGCGCUAGUUGUAUCACUGGCCAGGCAUUGCCUCCUGGGAGGCCCGUUCAUGGAGCAAGGUUAGAAAAACGUGGAAAUAACACAACUUCCAGCAAGACAAGACAGGCAACGAAUUUGAGUGAUGGCGGGAUCUCACAUGCUUCGAGUGCGUUACCGCUUGAAACUGACCCCAAUCAACCCAAUGGCAAUGACGCUUUGCCAGAAUCGAUGCAACAAGAUGCCUCGUUCAUGACACCAAACAACCACGGGCAUGGUGGAGAUAUGGACUAUGUUCCCUCCUGGCUCAGAAGUUCUACUGACCAGGCGCAUCAGUCUCGAAACUCGGUGUCUAUGACGGCAAACCAAGUCGAGGGAGAUAUCUCUGUCUCGGACGAGCCCAUGGUUGGCGUGGUAAACUCUCCUGAUGGCCAUGGAGACGCAUUACACUGGAUGGAUCCUGACAGCCUAGAUCAGUUUGGACUGAUGUUUCCGGGGAAUAGCGAGCUGCAUACUCCACCGCCGUAUUCUCCGGAUAUACCAGUCACGCACACAUUUAAAGAAAUGGGUCUUCAGCCCAGUGAAUUGACGAUGGGAUUCCAUGAUACCCAGCGGUUUGCUCAAGCAUCAACUCCAGCUGUUACGGAAACGCUUGGGACGCCUCCAACCACAGAUACUUGCGAGAUUGCCAGACUGCCCGACCAAAGAAUCGCCAGCGAUUACAUGCAGCAGCUAUCGUAUGUAAAUUUAUGCCUCGACAAAUUACUUAGGCGUAUCGACACGGCUUCACCUCCUGCGACACUCAACAACCUCGUCUUUCCUCAUCCUGAUGAUUAUCCCAAAAAGACAAUUACAAUUGGCGACACCCUAUUAUUAUCGACCAAGUUCCUCAACAUCCUCAACUUCUUGCAACCCCCACGCCCUCUCGCUUCCUUCGCCCCAGGUGGAUCGUUCACACCCACCGACUCGGAAUCCGAUAGCCAGAGCACCCCGGGCCAGACGGGUACCUCCACAAGUUCAGCUGGCAAUUUUGCAGGCAACAGCUCAGCAUCAUGUGAUGAUUCUACAGCCCCUGCUCGCUCUCCUAACCCAACUUCCUCAGAUGGUCGCCCUCUGGGCUCGUCCUCAGAAGCAUUUGCAAGACGCCCUUCUCCGCCCAUCACGAGCGUUUAUCUUGGCACUCCCGGCAUUCUACUUAUAUUAUCAUGUUAUCAGCAGUUCAUCCGAAUGUACAGUAUCAUAUUCUCUAUGGCUAACGACGCUUUUGCGGUGCAUACGUCACCCGGGUUUCCUCCGUCACUCAGUGCUCUCCCUGGUAUCAGGUACAGCGAGUUCCCAGUUGACAGCGGGAAUCUGCAGACCAUGCUCCUAAUUCAGAUCACGCUACACCUGGUUGGCCACAUGGAGAAAGUCCUUGGGCUGCCUCGAGAGUUUAGGGUCCAGGAGGUUGGGGGAGAAUAUGCCGGCAUUCUGAGUAGUGAAGCUGGCCUCCGACUUCUCCGUAUGGUUGUCGGAGAUGUUGGUGUCGGAGAGGAGAUCGGAGGUGCAGAGGGGGGAUCUUCAGGGAGGGGUGGCUGGAAGGACCUUAAGUUGUUAAGGAGCAGUAUUCGACAUAUUACGCAUACAGUUCAGAAUAGUAUGGCGUGGUGAGUUGGGUUAACAAUUAUCAACCAACCCCUACAAAAUAUAGAUUCGUUUGUUAACUACCAUUAAUAUAUGAAUGUUAUUAGUGUAUACUCCCUUAUCCGCCAAGGGCCAACCCCUUUUCAAAGGUGGUCUUGUCAGACGUGAUAUCUGCGGGUUCUCAUAAAACCGGGAAUCCUUAUCAUAUUCUAAAAAUAAAUUAUGAGAUAAAUGUAUUAG